GCGCAAAUAAAAAAUAAAACAAAGAAAAAAGAAAGAAGCAAAUAAAAUAAUGCAAAAGGGAAAAGAGUUAGAGCAGAGAGAGAAAGAAAGAUUUCGAUGGCCGUUACUCUGUCUCUGCACCUAUAUAAUAAUAAUAUUAAGCUCGCUGUCGUUCGCAGAGCAGCAGACGAGAGAAGGCUGGGCACGCAGCAGCUGCGGCAGAAGCGACGUACCACCACCGCCGCGGUGGUUGAAGACGAAGAAGCAUCAGAAGAAGAAGAAGAAUAUUUACUGCCGCGGUUCACCGCGGUAACCGUCUCCCCCGCCUCAUUUACCGCUCGCACUGUUUGGCUCCCGAGAAAACGGAAGAAAUUUGCUCAGGAAAACCAAGAUUCAUUGUUGAUUCUUCUACUCAUGGGAUUGGAGAAAGAAGAAGCACGGCCGGAUAGCGAUGGAGACAAAGGUCUUCAUGGGUCCCUGGCUGUAUCGGUGCAUGCCUUUUCUGAUUUGACUCACAUUUCUCCUGUGGUCUUCUUGUAUCUCUUGAAAGAGUGUUAUGUUCAUGGUACAUGUAAGGCAACUAAAAAGUUUAGAGCUCUUCAACACCAAGUGCAUCUGGUUCUGUAUAAUUCUCCCCAACCAGGGCCUGCUACCUUCAUUGCUCGAUGCCUCUUUGUGCUGCCUGUAUUUGGAAUAUACUGUGAUGGGUUCAGUCACUUGAUUGUAUCUGCUUUGCACCGUUUCCGAAAUGCUGUAACUACGGCAGAGGACAGCUCUAUAUCAAAAGUUUUAGCAGCUCGGCUAUUUAUUGAUAUAGUGGAAGGAUCACUUCCUGUUCUCGAUGAGAGAAUCGGGGUGAAAAUACUCGAAGUUUUUCACGUCACUAUGACUGACAUGGAUGAAGCUAUGUCCCAAUUGAAGUCCCAAAAUGAUUCUAGGUUUGACACAGGCAAAGCAUAUGUUGAGCAUUAUAUUUUUAAGUUGGUGGAGUCUCAGGCUUAUAUGACAGCAGUCAUUUUGCUAGAACAGUUCUCCAUCCGUCAAUCUGGUCACUCUUUCCUCGUGAAGAUGCUGGACAUACAUCAGUAUAAAGCAGCUGAAAAGUGGGCUACAUUCAUGGGGAAGGAAAUGUUGUGUACUCUUGUAAAAGAGUACGUUGAUAGGAAAAUGCUGAAGCCAGCAUACGACAUUAUAAAGAAAAACAACCUGAAGCAAGAUUUUCCAGUUGUAUACUUUAAGUGCAAAGAAAGCUCAUUGAAGAAAUUAGCAGAGAAGGCACUGUGGGAUCUGGCAGAAACCAAGGCACAUGGGGAUGAGCAACUCCUUGAAUAUCUGGUUUACUUGGCAAUGGAGGCUGGAUACUCGGAGAAAGUUGAUGAACUGUGUGAUCGAUACUCCCUUGAAGGCUUUAGAAAACUCAAAGAACCCGAGAUAAGUGCUCAGCAUAGUAGAUACCUGCAGCUGAACGAGUUAAUCACCAAAGAUAUUGUCUGGGUUGAUGAAGUUGAUGGUCUUCAUGAUGCUACCUCUCACAUAGAAGGAUGCAAAGUUGUUGGUCUUGACUGUGAAUGGAAACCUAAUUACCAGAAAGGCAGCAAACCGAACAAGGUUGCUAUCAUGCAAAUAGCUUCUGAGGAGAUGGCUUUUAUUCUAGACUUGAUAAAGUUAUCUGAAGACGUGCCUGAAGUUUUAGACAACUGUCUAACUCGCAUUUUGCAGUCUCCUGGAAUUCUGAAACUUGGAUACAACUUUCAAUGUGAUAUAAAGCAGCUGGCUGGUUCAUAUGGAGAGCUCAGUUGUUUCAAGCAGUACCAAAUGUUGUUGGAUGUUCAGAAUGUAUUCAAAGAACCGUGUGGUGGCUUGUCAGGGCUUGCAGAGAAAAUCCUGGGAGCAGGGUUAAACAAGACAAGGCGAAAUAGCAACUGGGAAACACGUCCUCUUAGCCAGAACCAGCUGGAGUACGCUGCUCUAGACGCUGUUGUGCUGGUGCACAUAUUCCACAAAGUGCGUAACCAUGCUCAAUCUGCUCCUCCUGCUUCUGCACAUGGCCACGAGAAGUUCGAGUGGAAAUCCCAUAUCAUUUCUCACAUGGAUAACGCCAAGAAAACCAAGAAGCACUGGAAAGCAAGAAAACAAUCGAAACCACAACAGCAACAGCAAUGAAACCAUGAACUCGUGUCUGUCGUCUAUGCUUGCCUGCAACUGAUCAGCAAGGUGCUUCCUCCAUUUCCUGUCAUUGUACAUAGAAAACUGCUUGCUCGUCUCAAUCUUCGAUGUGUACAUAUAAGUUAGGAUGAUAUCUCUCCAUUUAGCCUUGAGUAACUAAAACUCUUACUGUGCUGUUUGCACUUCUCGUACCCGAGUCUCUCAGACUCGGUCAUGCUGUUUGUACUACUUGGAGAAAGAAUAGAGGAAAGAGGGUUAUUUUGUGGGCUCGAAUCGGCUAUGGUGUAUUUUGGGCCUGGGCUGAGGUUAUCAGCCUGCCCUUGCGAAACUAAAAUUUUCUUAUACAGGUUCAAAAGUGCUACAAAUUACAACUACAAAUUGAAACUAAAAUUUUCUUAUACUGGUUCACUAGUGCCCUAGUGAAACUAAAAUUUUGAGCCUGGG